CCUCGCCGUCCUUCACCUCGAUUCUUCUUCCUUUUGCCUUUGUUGUUACUCCAUCUCCCGUUUGCUUGUUGUUGUUCCAUCCCGCCACAGGGCCUUUAGACCUUCGGGGUUUUCUUCUACUACUCUGACCAUCAGUCGCUCUUUUUCCCUAUUUGAUUUUGCGUCAUCGCCAUCACCGCUAUACAAAGCUUCCCACUCCGCCCUCCCCAGCUCGGACCUCACCUUAACUUGUCGGUCGCACACACUGCAGCUUUCCACCGAGCCCCGACCCGGCUCUCCCUACACCUGUCAAAGCUCGAACCACCCGUUGCUUAAUUCGAACUCCUAUCCUGCCACUACGUAUCCAACGCCCACGUCGCGUGGCACCUCGACUCAACGCGAAGAUUAACAAAGGGGCUCCCACGGAGAGGAUGGAUUCAGCAUGAGCUUGGGAAAUUCGAUGAAUCUUGGGACACUGGGAAUUCUCUACAACUCUUGACAAGACCUCUUUUCAAUCAUGCUCAUGAGAAGAUAUACCUUGCUGGGCGCUUUGGCCUUGUUCUCUCAGGCGGCCCUUGCGCAGCUGUGCAUCUCCCUUGAGGGUUCAACCACUUGUCCAGCUUUCAGUGAUGCCGCCAUCUCAACAAACACCAAUCUGUCUAGUCGAUUUCCAUUUCUAGCUUUCGUCACCACCACCGAGUCGUUCGACACCCAGUUUUCUCAGUACUUGUCACAACAAUAUGUCUCCUCCAAGUUCACCGACGUUUUUGGCUGUGACAAUGUCGAUCUGGCCAACACCUCCAAUUACUACCCACGAUACACCGCCAGCUUCCUCUGCAAUGCCAUGGUACAAAUCACUGGCGCCGCAUGUGACUUGUCGGGCGACCAACUCCGACCAUUGUGUGUAGACUCGUGUGCUGAAAUGGCACUCAGCGAGUCUCAAAUUGUUUCCAGCGACCAACUCUGCCCUGGACGAGCGGCCAAUUACGCCGACGAGUUACGCGCCGAUUUUACCAAUUGCGCGCUGCCAGCAGAAUCCAUCAGCGGGAGAUGUAUUGAUGGUUCAGCCAACGAGCCUAAUGACUGUGGCUUUGGUCCCAAUUUGAUGGGUCUUUGCAACUUUUGUCGUUCCAGCACUACCAAUGGCACCGAUUCGUGUUGUUUCACAGCCAAUGCCACGGGUCGUUGUGAAGAUGUCACCUUGCCUGUCUUUUCAGCCAUUUCAGACAUCAUUACUGGCACGACCACCCCCAGCACUCCGACCUCAUCAGCUUCCUCGUCGGCAACUGCAGGUGCAGCCGCAGGCGGGAGCGGUCUGAGUGGCGGCCAGAUUGCAGGAAUUGUCGUGGGCUCAGUCCUUGGUUUCCUGCUGCUCUUGGCUCUGAUUAUUCUCGCGAUUGUCUGUCUCCGCCGCAGACGGGGCAACAACAAUGCUGGGAGCCCGUUGAAUCAACCAUCACCUCAAAGGCGAGGAAAUUCGUCAGCCUACAAUCAGCCCAUGACACAGCCUGGCUAUGAGGUCCUCCCUGGCGGGCGUGUGACUCGUAUGUCUGCUCUGCAAGAUGAGCCUGGGGUUGCGGGAGCUCAAAUGGCCCCUCAGGUCGGGCCUCGCAAUUACACAUCCCACACCGAUCCAUACGGCGAUAGCCCUGAGUCCAACGAAAAAGCUCUUGGCGUGGGAGCAGUCAAGGGGUCACUCAGUGGGUCGCAGCAAGGAAGCUCUCCGGGCAGUAACGGGGAUUUCUCCUCGCCAGAUGGAGUGGCUAGUGGCCAGUCCGAACAACUUCCGUUCUUUAAGGAUUAUUAUUCGAAUGAGGACAUCCACCCACAAGACAAAGUGUCGGUGUUAUGGGCAUACCAACCUCGAGCCGGCGAUGAAUUCGAGUUAGAAAGAGGAGACAUGCUCAAAGUGGUCGGCAUUUGGGACGACGGCUGGGCUACUGGCGUCCGAAUCGAUGAUCGCGCUGAAGACUACGAAGGCAAGCAUAAGCUCCAGAGAGACAGCGGAGUUUCGAACGGGACACGCAAUCGAGAAGAAUCACCUGCGCCUCCUGGGGAAAUCAAGGCAUUCCCCCUUGUGUGCGUCUGUCUGCCAGAGGCGUGGAGGAAGACGGUCGAAGGCGAUACUUCGACAGAAAGCGGUUCGGGUGCACUCCCGCCGUGAGAAUGUCGCAGUCUUGAAUUCAACCAACCACCUCGGAGAUUAUGAUGAUAUGCGAUUAGCCAGGCGUUUGACAUGUGUGCGACCGUCCGACCCAAUUCACCCUUGACACCUCCCGAUAAUAACCCAUAAUAUCAACCUACCACUUGUCCACAGGUUCCAAGCUGACACCACCUGUGGAUGAGAGUCCUUCUUGUCGAUACCUUUGGUCGACCAUGACCACCCCGAUUUCUCCCGAGACACACCACAUACCGGAAUGACUGGCAUGGAUGGAUGUGUCUCAACUUGGAUUGAUACCCUCUUGUACAUAGUUUCUGCUUGCGCAACAUUGAAUAUCGGCGUUUGUGGAAGUUGUUGAUUAAUCAGAGGGGUGGUUUGAUUGCUUGCAUAAGCCCACGUCGAUUGGACAGCAUGCUUGGUGAAGAGAGCUUAAGUGACUCUGUUGAUCUCGAGAUCCUCCAUUCAGAUGCAAUCGACUGCAUGUUUUACAGAGCAUUGCAUGUCUGAAAGGAGAAUAUGAUAGACGGUGAUCAUAGUGCACCGGAUGAAACAAAAAAGAAACAACAGAUGUUUAGAAUUAGCUUGCUGUACAUGCUGCGUUGCUAGCAGGAAUGUAUUGCAUGACUUUGAAA